GGUCGGUCUAUCCCCGUCCUGCUCGCUUCCGCCUCUCUAUGGUGGUUGUUUUGUUUGUUCGUCAGCGGGAGUAAGCCGCGCUGCAGAUGGCUGCGGCGCGGCAUUCUGCAUCAGGGACCGCGGGAAACAAAAUGCCGAGCAAGAAACCUCAAGGAAAAGGUUUUCAACGUAGGAGGCAGUAAAGUCUACAAAGAAUAGGCACGCGAGUGCAUAGAUUGCGCUUUACAAGUAAAAUGGAUCCAUGUUCAGUUGGAGAACAGCUUCAAGAUUCCAGCGAGUGUCACAAGACAUGUAUUACUCGAAUGACCGGCCUGAAGACAUUAAAAGAAUUGCCGCAAGACCACGUUCUGUUGCUUCAGCUUAGAACCAGCGUGAUGACCCUUUCUCAGCAUGAUACGAUCUGCCUUCAUCACGAGAAACUUUAUAUUGACAGAUAUAAACACAUGCAGAAGGCAUGUUGCGACCCUUUCAAUGUGCAUAAAAAGCCUGUUAAGAAAAGUUUAAAAGUAAUUACCUUGGACGAUGCCAUUUAUUUGAGUGCCAGGUUUGGAAGCCAGUUUGUGCCGGGCUGGAAGCUUUGCCCAAGAUGCUCACAACAUACCAGUGGUUAUAGUGAGGGCGAUACUGAGGAGCAUCGGAGGAAACCUUCGGACGGACGGGCUGCCAAAGCGCUGAAAUCUUUGCAGUUUGCCAACCCAGGAAGGCAAACAGAAUUCACACCCGAAACAAGCAAAAGAGAAAAGAGACGUCAACAAACAAAGAGCACGACAGGCAGCACUGAUAGACAAAUAUUACCAUCAAAGAACAAAGUUUAUGAUUCCAAUGGAAUCCUUCUUUCGAAUGGGAGGGACCUCUGCGAUUGCCUCGAUGAGAACUGCCUCGGCUGCUUUUAUGAAUGCAAAAAGUGUGGCUCUCACAAGUGUGGCGUUGAAUGCAGAUGUGACCGCAAAUGGUUUUAUGAACAGAUUGAAGUGGAAGGAGGAGAAGUAAUACGCAAUAAAAAUGCAUCUUGAUGGGGUGCAUAUAUUGCGUUGACCAGCCGGAAGCCCUUGCACACUGUCCACACUUUGGGGGGGGGGGGGGUCUUUUGAGCGGAUGUGACCUCAUCACCAGAACAUUGUAGCCAGUCUGACAAAGUGUUAUUUUUCUUUUCCAAAACAGAGAUAUUUGAGUCUCAUGUUUACAGGGUUUUUUUUUUGUUCCUCCUACCUCUGUGGGAAAUGGUAGGUAUGCUUGGAACUACACGCAGAUGAGCUACAAAUUUUGUAUGUCCUACAAACAUAUUGAGAUUUGCCAGCGUUUAAACUUCUGAAAGUCCUCAAAGCGGCAGCAACAUGGCAUAUGGAUAUAUAAACAUAUAUCAAUUUAUAACUGGCUCAGAAUUAGGCUUAACUAGUUCUUAAAGUAUAUUUCACAUUUUCCAUACAGAACAAUUUACUUUAUACCCUAUUGCAAUUUUAAAUCUGCUUUUCUAUACAUUGUUCAAAUAUUUUUAUAUUGCCAAAAUAAACUAUCCAUAUUUGUUUCUGUUUAAUGUAAAUUAAAAUUAUACUGUUAAAAAAAUUGCUAAUUUCAAUUUGUCAGACGAAUAUUUGCUAAGUCAAGUUAGUAGCCAAACUUAAAUUACAAAAACCAAAUAUACUGUUAUCGUUAAAUGUGAGUGUCGGAAUGUAAUUCAAUUAUGACGGUGUUGUAAAUAUGUUUCUGCAUGUUGCUAUAUAUACCUACAUACAGUGAAGGAAUUAAAUAUUGGAUCCCCUGC